AUGGCCGAUCUAGAGGACCUAGUUUACUGCCAGCUGAUUUCGGAGUCUGGGAACGUGCCCAUCUGUGGAUGGGUUGUGGCGAAGCUUUCCGAAGACUUAGUGAUUGCAACGGCUGGUGCGGCCGUGGAAUCCUUAGAGCAGAAGCUGGUGGUGAGCGUAGGUGACGUGCAAGUUGGAAUCAUUCGAUUGCCUGGCUCUGCUGCCUCCUUGAGUGUACCCACGCGCUGGAAGGGCCUCCGUCCCGCUGCUUUGCCUACUUUGAGUGUUUCUCAGGCGGCAUGGAAGAAGACCAAGGACGCCCCGCCCGAGAGCAGCGACACUUCGGCCGCAGAGGCGGCCCCGCGUCGCAAGAAGGGGCUAGAGGCGGACCUUGCGGGAUUGACCGCGCUUUUCGGAGGAAAGGACGGAGCGGCAACCGACGACGAGGACGACGACGAGGAGGACAGCGAGGAGGAGCUCUUGCUGACCAAGGGACCGAAGCAUCGUUAUCUUCCGCCGGGAGGUGCUUCGUCCGGCGACCUGGUGAAGAAGGAGAAGAAGAAGAAGAAGGACGACGGGCCGGCCUUGAUGCGCAAUCUGCUCAAGCAGGGCAUGGAAAAGGGCCAGACCGCCAACGACCUAAUGCCGAUGAUGAUGAUGGCCAUGAUGCUCGACCGGGACCGCGGGGAGCGAAAGAAGCGGAGAUCAAAGGCCUCCGGUUCCUUGGAUCCCCUUGGUGGCUUGGACUCCGAGAGCUCAAGCGACGACGAUUUGGGCAAGCGAAAGGACGGCAUGAAGGCGAUCGCCUCCCUGCAGAAGAUGCACCGGCGGAUCAUGGAGAAGCCGGGCAAGAUCUGCGAGGAGUUCGAGCGCGAGGUUAUCGAGGAGCUCGGCGUGGUGAAAGGCCAGGCCUGGACGUUGAAGGACUUCCUUCGAAAGCAGAGCUGGGGCAAGUUCAAAGGGAUUUACCGUUGCGCUUGGAUGGAUGUAGCAGUGUACGAGUUGCUGAGGGCCAAUCGUCCCGACGCCGCGGCUGCCCAGGUGAUCCAAAACUUGAAAGCGAAACAGCAAAGUGUGAUCCAGAUGGGCGACUGGCAGGCGGCUUGGCUCCUCACAGGGCUGGCGGAUCCAUUGGCCAGGCGGGAGUUCGCCGGCUCCAAACAGGAAAUGUCGGUGGUCAGCUCCUACCUGUCGGCCUUGCACGACCUAAAGAAGAAGGUGCGAGAAGCUCACCAGACCGGCCACGGAGAGGCAGAGGAGGAGGAGCAGGGUAUGUUGCUGGAACGGUCCAGUUCUCAAGAUGCUCCGCUCUUCCCAAGCAUGCUCCCGUACCCGGAGGUGAUCCUCCCUGAAGGUGUGCAUCUGGAGGCCGAGCCGGCGAAGAAGUGGUUUGCCAAGACCUUUGUGAAUACUUGGGUUUGUUGGGGCAACUUCGUGGCGCUGGGCUGCCCUUCAAUGCGUGGAGCUUGCAUUGAGCCGCGAGUAGCUUAUUACAACAUGGCAGAUGCGAGGGUGUUUGCUGAUAGGCUGCUCGGCGAGGUGGAGGAAUUCACAACUUUGGACUUAGCUUUGGGAAACCUUUCCUGUGAAGGCAAGAGAGGCACCAUUGAGAGUAUGCUCGAGCGAGUCCGAUGUACAGCGGGUGCAUGUUAUUCAGCUUUGGUCGGUCAGGUUGCUGCUCAGGAGGUGGCCGGGGCUCUCCCGGUUGUUGCGGCCCGUGUGGCCAUUCCCAAGGAGGCUGGCACCGUGGAUCCAUGCAAGUGGUUGCCGCCUGACCGGGUCGAGAUCUUUAGGCAGCUUCACGAGCUUCGCAAGCCAGAGUUUGCGUGGAGUGAUGUUGUGGUGGCCUGUCAUCGGGUACCUGCUUGUGAAGAGGCGGCCUUGGCUGAGCACUUGCUUCAGUCGAAGAUGGCGGUGCUGGUGCCGGAGGAGCAGCUCCCUCGUGACAAGGCGGGGCGGCUCAUGUGUGGAGGUCUGUUUAGUGUUCCGAAGAACGAGCUUGAAGACCGGUUGAUCUUUGACAGAAGACCAGAGAAUGCGACAAUGGAGCGAUUGCGGUGGGCACAGUUGCCGAACGGUGCCUGCUUCACCAGGAUGUUGCUGAAGCCCAACCAGUACCUGCGGGGCUCGGGCCAGGAUCUCCGGAACUAUUAUUACAGCCUUAUGCUUCCUGAUGGUUGGCUCAGGUUCAAUUCAGUCGGCCGUCGGGUCUCACGAGAAGUUGUCCGGCGACAUGGCGGGGAUCCUCGUAUUGCGUAUCGCUUAUGCUUUCGGGUUUUGGGGAUGGGUGAUGUCAACGGAUGCUGUAUCGCGCAGGCUGUGCAUGAGGAGGUGCUCCGCAGGCGCGGCGUGCUUCGUGAUGACAACAUCCUUGUGUAUGGGAAACCGGUGCCCGAGCAGGAUCUCUGGACCGGAGCCUAUCUCGAUGACCUGCUGGUUGCGCUGCGGUGUACGGUGCCUGAGCCAGUGCCUUUGGAUGGAACUUUUGUGCCACCCGAGCCGCAGGAAUCCGAUGAGGAUGUGCGGGCCAUUCGCGCCGCGAUCGCCGGCUACGAGGAGGCCGGGCUGCAGCGGGCAGUGCAUAAGGAGUUCAACCAGAUCGUGGACUUCAAAGCAUGGGGUGCUGAAGUGAAGGGGGUGAAGGGCACAGUGGGUGCACCCAUGGAGGUGCGUCAACAGCUGUGGGCGCUCCUGGCCAAGGUGGUGUCCUUGGGCUGGUGCACUCGUGAAGUGUUGCAACGAAUUGUUGGCUAUGUUUCGUUUGUCUUUCAGUUUCGGAGGGAGAUGUACUCAUUGCAGCAUCACAUCUACAAGUUCAUGGCAAACCUCCCGAAACUGAAGUGGCGACGUAUUCCAGGCCAUGUACUUGACGAGUUGCGUAGCUUUGCCCUGCACCUUCCUUUCGCUUAUUUCUCCAUGCGGAAACGACUGGACCUGGAGGUGCUGGCGACCGAUGCGACUCCGACUUCGGGAGGUGCGGUCACGGCCCUGGUCUCUGAGGCUUUAGCGGACGAGCUUUGGCGUAGGUCAGAAGUUCGGGGUGAGCCGGUGCGGUUGGAUCGGAGUGAAGGCUUCCUCUCGAGUAUUGCGCCUCCUGCGGCGCCCUCCCAGUUUGCCAGUGCGGUGGCCGAGUCCUUGCCUUGGUCCGUCAUCAGCUCCUACUCGUUCCGCCAGACGUCCCAUAUUAAUCUUCAGGAGUUACGUGCUCUUCGACGAGAAAUUGUUCGUUUGGCAUCAAGGAGCUCGGGGGAAGGGCUGAUCAAGCUGUGCCUUAACGACAGCCGGGUAGUGAUCGGAGCGGUGACGAAGGGGCGUUCCUCCAGCUAUAAGUUGAACGGGCUUCUUCGGACCAUGUUACCGUAUCUGACUGCUGCGAAUAUCACCUUGGCUUUGCUGUGGGUUGAGACUGAAUCCAACAGGGCAGACGCUCCUUCUAGAUUCGAGUCACUGCCGGCCCCAGUGCCGGCCCCUCCUUGGCUGCAGAGUUUUGGUGUGGACGCUUGGCGUGCAGGUGCCGGCCUAGAGGUGUUUUCCCGAGCGGGGCGAAUGACAGAGGCGCAUCGUGCUCUGGGGUUACCGAUGCUGGAGCCGAUCGACUUUACUUUAGGUUGUGACGUCUUCGACUCGGACAUUGAGGCCCGGCUUCGUCGACGCGAGGUGGCCUGGCUGUGGUUGGCUCCUCCUUCAAAGGGCUUCAAUCGUCGGUGGUGUGCCCAGGCCGGACCGGCGAUACGACCAAAAGGGGAGCCAGAAGGUGACGAGGCAGACCCGAGGACCUGGUGGGGCAAUCUUUUGUGGCGGCAUUCCUUGUACUUGGCCCAGGUCGCUCUCGACCACGGAGUGUUCGUCUUCUUGGAGCAUCCGAGGAAAAGUUUGGCUUGGGCCUUGCGGGACACUGAGCUGUUCCAACACCGUGCAGGGAUGAUCAAACAUAGAGUGGAUUGGUGCAUGUAUGGGGAACACGGGCAUGAUCUCUCAGUGGGGAAUGCACAGAGUGUGGUGUUGUCCAAUGCUCCGUGGCUGGGUUCAGUGAUCCGACGCUGUGCUCAGAAGCAUGUGCACCCGAUCCCGGUUCGAGGCUCGAGUGCCAAAAGGUGCGAUCAUCCGUGGGGCUUCUGUGUCGAGCUCGCCAAUGCCUACCGUGCGUGGCUCCUCUCGAUGGCUCUUGCUUUGGGGGCGCCUUUGCGGCGCUCGUCGUCUCCAGGCCUUGUGGACCGGUGGCUGGAACGCUGCGUGGACCACGCUUAUCGCACAGGUGAGAAGCUCUACCGGGUUCGACUUGGAGUACUAGGUGUGCAGCGCAUCCUUAACAUUGCUGGUCCUUUAUUGCGCUCAACCUGGUCAGCUCUUCGGGGGUGGCGGGCGCUACAACCAGUGCGAUCCAGGGUGCCGAUCUCGUCUUCACUGUUGCAUGCAUUCCUGGUGGUAUCUUUGGCUCGUGGCAACGCCGAGGUGGGCCGUGCUCGCGAGAGGUGGUGGUCAGCAAUGCUGGCAGCUUGGCUCUCUUUUGAAGGUCUGCUUCGGCCAGGUGAACUUUGCCAAUUGCGAGCAGGUGACAUUGAUCUGCCGUUGGAUAGCCUCACCGCUGCCGAUGAAGGCCUCAUCCUGACGAUUCGGCAGCCCAAAACACGUCGGGUUUACCACACUCAGUUUGUCCUUGUGAAGGAACCGCGUUUGGUCAAAUGGAUGGUGUGGUGGCUUGAUGCUGUACCAUCAGGCAGAAAAUUGUUCAGGCUGGGGCGUCGAGAGUGGGCCCGCCUUCUGACGGCAGGUCUCUCAGCUCUGGGUGCAGACCAGAAAGGCUACACCUUGGGCAGCCUGAGAGGAGGUGGAGCUACGGCCCAUUUUCGAGCUCAUGAGAAUCUGGCACGCCUUCAGUAUCAUGGACGUUGGGCCAGUUUCUCCUCGGCUCGCAUCAUGGGUGAGCGGCUGCAGCGGGCCCUGCGAGAGCUCGCGGACGCGCUCCAGGAGGCGGAACAGGAGGAGCAGCAAAAGGAAAGUCGGGCUAGCCAGCCAGGGCGCGGAAGUACUUCGUCUAGGGCGACGUCGCCGGCUCCCUCUUUGGCAGGUUCGUCUUCUUCCUGGUCACGCGUGGGCGGUGCAAAAGCAAGAGCAGCGGCGACUGAGAGGGACCCGCUUCGCCGGGUGCAACCUCCUGCGGCCCAGCCUCUUGAGCACGUGCCAGCCUCGGCCGUGGUGCGCAACUCCUCGGUGAACUGUUACGUGGUUCUGGAGAAUCCGUUGCAGCCUACCCGGGUGGGAUGGAUCAUGACAACCUGGAAGACGCUCGAAGCAAGCCUUCCAAGCGGGCGAUUGUGCACCUCUCACGUCCGACUCCGUCGCGUCGACUCAGUGGAGGCCGCCAUGGACCUGUGGAAUUCCGUUCAUCCGAACCAUCCUUGCCCACAGCUCAAGCUGUAG